AAUGGAUACACCUGGCUAGCUAGCUAUUGCCAGUGGAGAGUGGAGCGACCUGGUUUGAAUCUGGGCAAAGAUGAAGAGCACAGACAUGCCGGGGGAAGAGCUACGCCAGAGGAAGGGAGGGGGACGCUCCAAAAAGUCCAAGGCAAAGGGAAAGAGCCGGCAGGGUGGCAGUGCGAGUGAGCGUCUGCUGAGCGGUCCGGAUGGCCAGGAGGUGCCGCCGAGCCCAGAUCCGUCCCUAGUCCCGCCCCCAAAAAAGGGCGUGGAGGAGAAGCCCAAGGCGGCUAAAGCCAAGAUUGAGGAAGAAUCCUUUGCCGCCAUCUGCCUCCAGGUGCUGUUCCCUUACCUGCUGGCUGGAAUGGGGAUGGUGAUGGCGGGGAUGGUGCUGGACAGCGUACAGCACUGGGAGGUCUUUAAAACGAUCACGGAGGUGUUUAUCCUUGUGCCAGCUCUAGUGGGACUGAAGGGGAACCUGGAGAUGACACUGGCCUCUCGGCUCUCUACUGCAGCGAACACAGGACAGAUGGACGACCCUGAUCAGCAGUGGCUGAUGGUGUGCAGUAACCUGGCGCUCAUUCAGGUGCAGGCCACGGUUGUGGGGUUUCUGGCUGCUCUGGCAGCCGUGUUGCUGGGCGCUGUUUCCAGAGGCGGGGUGGAGCUGGACCAGGCGGCCGUGCUGUGUGCCAGCAGCGUCACCACUGCCUUUGUGGCGGCGCUGUCCCUCGGUCUGGUCAUGAUUGGGGUGAUCAUCGGCUCCAGGAAAGUAGGGAUCAAUCCCGACAAUGUGGCCACACCCAUCGCCGCCAGUCUGGGCGACCUGAUCACCCUGUCUCUGCUGGCAGGUGUCAGCAGCGCCCUCUACCAGUACAGAGAUGUGUGGUACCUCUCCCCCCUGGUGUGCGGCCUCUUCCUUGUUUUGAUCCCAAUCUGGGUGGUUAUUGCCCGCCGUAGCCCACAGAUCCAGGAGGUGCUGAGGUCUGGAUGGCAGCCUGUCAUCGUGGCUAUGUCAAUCAGCAGCAUCGGGGGCCUCAUUCUGGACAAGACGGUGAGCGACCCCAACUUUGAGGGCAUGGCUGUCUUCACUCCUGUCAUCAAUGGAGUCGGGGGUAACCUGGUGGCUAUCCAGGCCAGCCGGAUUUCCACCUACCUACACUUCUGGAGUGUGCCUGGGGUCCUGCCCCACAAGAUGAGACAGCACUGGCCCAACCCCUGUGCCACCUUCUUCUCCGCAGGUGUCAACUCUAAGUCGGCCAGGGUCCUGUUCCUGCUGGUGGUCCCGGGUCACCUGGUCUUCCUCUAUGCCAUCCACCUGUUGCAGGGCGGCCACACCGCUGUCACCCUCACAUUCACCUGCUGCUAUCUGUGUGCGGCUCUGCUCCAGGUGGGGAUCCUCCUGUACGUGGCUGACCUAAUCGUGCGACUGAUGUGGAGGCGGGGCCUCGACCCGGACAACUUCUCCAUCCCGUACCUGACGGCGCUGGGAGACCUCCUGGGCACGGGCUUCCUGGCGCUCUGCUUCCACGUGGUCACGCUGGCCGAGGGGGUGGGCCUUUGAGAGACACAGUGGGGGGCCCCUCUCACACAUCCGUCUCCCCUCCCUGGAGUCAGCGCACAGAGGGCCCCCC